GACAUUUUUGUCUGAUGUGUCUGUCAGUCAUGUAAAAUGUAUUAAAUUAUGUUGUGAUUUAAAUAGUGAAAUUUCCUUUAUGAUUUGAUACAAGCUCUUGGAGAACAUCACAAUGUCCUUCUUCAAGCAAUUCCUUGUCGGGGCACUACCAAAAUACGCGAGACUUAUCGGUAAAGGAAUAACCAACAUCACUGGCUCAAGAACGGACAAUUUAAAGCGGCGUCAAUUACCUUACUCUUCAUCUAGUAGUCGGAUGAAAAGCGUGCCCUACCGAAAACGCCGAAUACCUCCAAAGAGAGCAAUCCAACAAAUUUUCAAUCCUGAGAACACUUUCAGUCUGGAUAUAUUCAAAUAUGAUCAAAAAAUUGGCAGAGCUCUUAUUACAUAUGAAAUAGACGAUGAAACGAUAAGAAAUGAAUUCGCAGAAUGGAAGAAAAACUUCCAGUGGCCAGAAUGCAAAGGUGACAAUGAUCAGGUGGAUCGUAAUAUCAAUGCAACGAUGGAAAACGUGUCGGAAGAAAAGGCUGUUUCAGACGACAGUAAGACAGUAAUUGAAAAUGAAAUUGAGAAGCCAACCAUGCUAAGAGAGAGCCCACAAGAUUUUAAGAGGAGGAAACAAAUAAAAACUGCACAAGGAAGUUAUAGCAAAACUAAUGAACUAAUUUCAAAAAAGAAACUCUUUGACGUACAAAAGAAUGAUACAAAAAAAGCGCAUUGCAGUUUUUGUGCCAAUGUGGGUAUAUCAACUACUCAGUGUAGAAAAUAUAAUGAUAAUCAGUUCUCAGAGGUUCUUCCAGAGCUUUGUUAUAAGUUUAAUGUUCUGAGCAAAAACGAUUCAAGUUAUGAAGAUGCAUAUUUAAACACCUACCGAGGUAGAAUAAAUGUGGACACAACGAGCAGACGCUACUGUUACGACGACCAAAGAAUUAUUAAUUCGUGGCAACAAUUUUUCCUCAUGGAGAACGACAGCAAACAAAUAAAACAACAGCUUACGCAGCAGUCUAACGAGGAGAAUGCCUCAAAAUAUACGAAAAACUAUUUAGAUUUCUGAAUGGACCCGGUAGGGGACAAGUGUAUAAACGAUAUAGAUGACCACCAAAAUUUUUAAAUAUUUACGUUAAAAUCCAUUUAACUUUCUUACAAAUUAUCCAAUUUUUCAUAACAUUAUUUGCUCACUUCAUUUGUUCAUCUAAUAUAUACAUCAAAUAAAUGUCAUAAAGGAA